AUGCCCACUCCCGCCCACGCCCACUGCCGCUCAUGCCCCCUACCGCCCACGCCCAUUGCCGCUCAUGCCCCCUACGCCCACGCCUACUGCCGCUCAUGCCCACUCCCGCCAACGCCCACUGCCGCCCAUGCCCCCUACCGCCCACGCCCACUGCCGCUCAUGCCCACUCCCGCCAACGCCCACUGCCGCUCAUGCCCCCUACCGCCCACGCCCACUGCCGCUCAUGCCCACUCCCGCCCACGCCCACUCCCGCCCACGCCCCCUACCGCCCACUCCCACUGCCGCUCAUGCCCCCUACCGCCCACUCCCACUGCCGCUCAUGCCCCCUACCGCCCACUCCCACUCCCGCUCAUGCCCACUGCCGCCCACGCCCACUGCCGCUCAUGCCCACUCCCGCCCACGCCCACUGUCGCUCAUGCCCCCUACCGCCCUCGCCCACUGCCGCUCAUGCCCCCUACCGCCCACGCCCACUGCCACCCACGCCCACUACCACCCGCUGCCGCCCAUUCUACCUGCGCCUCUCAACGCCAGCGGGAGGAAAACGGCGAAAGUUUUCUGUUGUCGCGGGCCAACAACCCGCCUACCACGACGCUAUACUCCGAGAUCGCAAGCCCCCUCCAUGCUGCACUCACGGCCCCGCAGAGUUCCAUGACUGUGAACGAUCCUCCUGAACUUUACACCUACUAUACCAAAGCAAACUAA